CUGCCAUUCAUGUCCUAAAUAACGGUCAAAUAACAGCUCUUCAAAUAAAUACUCCUGAUGGAACAGUUGUACCAGUAUUAUCAGCUGGAGCUACUAGAGUUCUUUUUAUCCCAGCGUAUGAUGUAUAUACAGAUGAAAAUUGGUCUUAUGCUGGGGAUGUAUUAAAAUUAUGCAAGUAUGCAAAAUUAGCACAAAUUGGUGAUCGCGAAAAAAAAAUGCAAUUUCUUCGUGGAUUAAAUUUUAAAAAUAAGUUAGAAGUUAAACACUUGAGACUAAAUAAAGCAUUAAAUAAUGACUUGAUCGAAAAUUUGGAAGAAAUUGAAAAAGAAAAGAGUGAAAUGCUUUUGGGUGAGAAUAUCUAUAACCAAUCAAUAGCUCAAAAGGUUUUGAUAAAUCAGGGUAUUACUACCGCAGAUGUUGAAAAAAUUAUUAAUACUCGAAUCCAAGCAUUGCUACAAGAAUAA